AUGCUCGGCUCCAGCCGUCCGGCCCCGCCGCCUCUGGCGGUGCUGUUGCCGCUGCUGCUCAUGCCCGGCGGGGCGCUCCGGAGCGGGCUAGGCAUCGCGGCCGGGAGCGAAGUGAAUUUAUUGGACUCACGAUCAGUAAUGGGGGAUCUUGGAUGGAUAGCCUAUCCGAAGAAUGGGUGGGAAGAAAUUGGUGAGGUGGAUGAAAAUUAUGCACCAAUCCACACAUACCAAGUAUGCCGAGUGAUGGAACAGAGUCAGAACAACUGGCUUCUGACAAACUGGAUCUCCAACAAAGGAGCAUCUCGGAUCUUCGUUGAACUGAAAUUUACCCUUAGGGACUGUAACAGCCUUCCUGGAGGUCUUGGGACUUGCAAAGAGACUUUUAAUAUGUAUUAUUUUGAAUCUGACAAUGAAGAUGGAAGGAAUGUAAAAGAAAACCAGUACAUCAAGAUUGAUACCAUUGCGGCAGAUGAGAGUUUUACAGAGUUAGACCUUGGAGACAGAGUCAUGAAGCUGAACACAGAGGUGAGAGAUGUUGGGCCUCUGACCAAAAAGGGAUUUUACCUUGCUUUCCAGGAUGUGGGUGCCUGCAUUGCACUGGUGUCUGUGAGGAUAUAUUAUAAGAAGUGCCCUGUGGUGGUUCGGAACCUGGCCAUCUUCCCUGACACCAUCACUGGAGCGGAUUCUUCACAGCUGCUGGAAGUCUUGGGGUCAUGCGUGAACCACUCUGUGACGGAUGAACCCCCAAGGAUGCACUGCAGUGCUGAAGGGGAGUGGCUGGUGCCAAUUGGAAAAUGCAUGUGUAAGGCAGGGUACGAAGAGAAGAACAACACCUGUCAGGCAUGUCGCUCAGGAUUCUUUAAGGACUCACCACAGAGUCAGAUGUGCACAAAAUGCCCCCCACACAGUUACACCCGUGAAGAAGCAUCAACUUCCUGUGUUUGUGAAGAGCACUAUUUCCGGAAGGAAUCUGAUCCACCCACCAUGGCCUGCACUACACCAUCUCCAAUCACAAAUGUGAAAAAAGGGAAAGUCGCCAAAAAUAGCAUCUCACUCUCCUGGCAGGAGCCAGAUCGACCCAAUGGCAUCAUCCUGGAAUAUGAAAUCAAAUAUUUUGAAAAGGAUCAAGAGACCAGCUACACCAUCAUCAAAUCCAAGGAAACAAAAAUUACUGCAGAUGGAUUGAAACCUGCUUCAGCAUAUGUCUUCCAGAUCCGAGCACGCACCGCAGCAGGGUACGGUGGCUUCAGCCGAAGAUUUGAGUUUGAAACCAGCCCAGUGUUAGCUGCAUCCAGCGAUCAGAGCCAGAUCCCUAUAAUUGCUGUGUCUGUUACAGUGGGAGUGAUUCUCUUGGCUGUUGUUAUUGGUUUCCUUCUCAGUGGAAGGCGGUGUGGUUACAGCAAAGCUAAGCAAGACCCUGAAGAAGAAAAGAUGCAUUUUCAUAAUGGCCACAUCAAAUUACCAGGAGUGAAGACCUAUAUCGACCCACACACCUAUGAAGACCCAAAUCAAGCUGUCCAUGAGUUUGCCAAAGAAAUAGAAGCCUCAUGUAUAUCAAUUGAACGAGUUAUUGGAGCUGGUGAAUUUGGUGAAGUAUGUAGCGGGCGACUGAAACUGCCUGGAAAGCGGGAGUUGCCAGUAGCCAUUAAAACCUUGAAAGUGGGCUACACUGAGAAACAGAGGCGAGAUUUCCUGGGAGAAGCCAGCAUAAUGGGGCAAUUUGACCAUCCAAAUAUAAUUCACCUGGAAGGUGUUGUCACAAAGAGCAAACCAGUUAUGAUUGUGACCGAAUACAUGGAAAAUGGAUCUUUGGAUACAUUUUUAAAGAAGAAUGAUGGGCAGUUCACUGUAAUUCAGUUAGUUGGUAUGCUCAGAGGGAUAGCAUCCGGAAUGAAGUACCUGUCGGACAUGGGCUAUGUACAUAGAGACUUGGCUGCCAGAAAUAUCCUAAUCAACAGUAACCUAGUGUGCAAAGUCUCUGACUUUGGACUUUCUCGAAUUCUUGAAGAUGACCCUGAAGCUGCCUACACAACAAGGGGAGGGAAAAUCCCAAUCCGGUGGACAGCUCCAGAAGCUAUAGCCUUCCGCAAAUUCACUUCUGCCAGUGAUGUCUGGAGCUAUGGGAUUGUGAUGUGGGAGGUUGUGUCUUAUGGGGAGAGACCUUACUGGGAGAUGACAAAUCAAGAUGUGAUUAAAGCUGUUGAAGAAGGGUAUCGUUUGCCAAGUCCUAUGGACUGCCCGGCUGCUCUGUAUCAACUUAUGCUGGAUUGCUGGCAGAAGGAACGGAACAGCAGGCCCAAGUUUGAUGAAAUUGUAUGCAUGUUGGACAAGCUCAUCCGGAACCCCAGCAGCUUGAAAACAUUGGUGAAUGCAUCAAGCAGAGUUUCAAAUUUAUUAGGUGAACACAGCCCACUGGGAAAUGGUGUCUACAAAUCUGUAGGUGAAUGGCUGGAAGCCAUAAAAAUGGGACGGUAUACAGAGAUUUUCAUGGAAAAUGGAUACAGUUCCAUGGACGCUGUGGCUCAGGUGACCUUGGAGUGAGUAGAUUUCCUGAUCAUUUUCAUUGAAAUAAGGGAGAAGCCUGUUGGUUGGAAGCCAGAGUAAAGAUAGCAAAGAAUUGGAAGCAUUUAAUUUUUUUCAACAGUCACCCAAUUCUAAGAAAGUUUCAUCAUUUAUAUCCUAUAUAAAUGACAACAGACCAAUGAAAUAAUUGAACUUAAGGUUACCAUAGUUGUUGACAAAGCAGCAGUUCCUUUGCUCUAAUAAACUAGCACUUGAGUUUGGACAUAGCAACAGCACCCCAAUUUUAGCACAUGAGUUGGCCUGCUUUUUUUGGUGGCAAAGGCACUCUCGCUUUCACUGAGUGCACGGUGGUGUAACAGAGUUUUGAAGACUAUAUUCUUUGUUGCAUCAGUAAGGAAGUAAGUCUUGAUUCAACACGCAGUUUAGAAUAUUUGGGGGUGGUACUGGGGAAAAUUUCAUCUUCACUGUAAUCUAGGCCGGAUCCACAGCUGCUUUUGGUGAUGGGAAAAAAAUCCAGAAGUGAUCUAGGGUCAUUGAUUUCUGGUGGGUUCUGCUCCAGUCCAGAAAUAUAGGGAGGCCUCCAUUUCAAGAAAGGGAAGAUGUUUUUGCUUAUCCAUCCCUGCCUUGGAAGCCUUGGCACAUGCAAGUUUUUUUUGUUUUUGUAAACUCUUUUAAUACUUUCCCACAGAAGCAGAGAAAUGAUCCCUUGUGGGGAAGCUUCUACAGAGAAGCAAUCACAUCAUAGGAAAAUAAAAAGCAAAUCAUCCCAUGCUUGUAUCUGAGACUGUCAGAUGUCAGGUGUAGGGAAAAGCCUUAGUCCCCUGGCUAUGUUAGACUCUCUUGCAGCUAACAGUCUGAGGUGCAGGAGAAAGGUGCUUGGAGGGCAACAGCAGAGAUGCAAUUCCACGAGAGAUUUUUAAAACCACGGUUGCUUGCAUCUCAAGAGUGAAAUGCACGAGGAGCAUACCUUAUUAAUUAAUUUUUUUAGAAAAAUACGUGUGAACUUUACAAAUAUUUCUGCCUCCCUACAACCGCUUGAGAAAUGCCUUGUGAAAUUGACUAACCUCCUCUGUUUCACCAGGCUUCUCCAGACUCCUUAUGUUUCAGAGAAUCCUUAUCAAUUUCACCAAUUUUGGGAUGACUUUUUAAAAAGGUUUCUGUGCACUCUAAUGUUGCACACAUGCUUCUCUCUCCUUAAAGCAAACACCAUCCUGGCCAAAAUAGAUACUCCUGAUAGUUUGAGAUACCGGCAGAGUUGUGGAUUAUUAUUAUUUAAUUGCCUCCUAUCAGAGCACUUCUCUGCAACAGCAGAGGGAAAGAACAAAGAUCACCUUCCUUCCUGUAUAUCAUUCUGCCAGCUGCAGAAUCUGUCACAGCUCCCUGGCUGUGCUAAAACACCUCGCCUUCCCUGUAUUUGUCUCAGAUUAAGAGGGGGGGAUGGUUAUAGAGAGAAAUAUGGAAGCCAUUCCAGAAUCAGUGAUUCACUGUAGCAGAAUGAAUUUAUUCCUCUCUCCACCACAACUUAGCAGAUUUAGAUUCCAAAUAAUUGGGGUGACUUUCUGAUCACAACUGCUGAACAGAUUCCAAUAUUGGCCUGGUUCACACAUCACGCUCGUGGCGUAGCAUUAAUGCAUGAGCGUACUGUCUGCAGGAGAGGAGAUCACAGCCACUUUGCUCCUCCCCACUUCUUCUGCUGUGAUGCACUAAGCAUUUUGUGAUGCACAAAAUGAUCAGGGAGGAACAAAGCAGCUAUAGUCUGCUCUUCAGGAGCGCUCAUGUUUGCACUAAACCAGGUUUUGGCUUCGCAUGGCAUGUGAACCAGGCCAUUGUAUAACAAAUCUUGGAGUCUGAUUUCACCAUUUUGAAUUGAAACAAAGUAAAGGGGCCUUGAUUGAACAGUAAACAUGGACACUGAAAGUUGUGUAUAAAAUCCAACCCAAAAAAGUGAUAGAGAAAAACUAGAUCUGUUUGCUCAUUAUUUCUGUUUCUGGAUUAUAUUUAUUUUAUUGGAAAAUUUCAGAUCCUCCUUAGGCCACAUUUUCAAUGGCCAAUGUUGUCAACGUUCAGAAUUAACAUGUGGCAUGGCUGGAAGUUUAUGAUUAGUUUCCACUUCCUUGUGAUCAUAAGAUAAAAGUAGAAAUUAUUGAAAGAAAAAAAGUUUAAAUCUUCUUUCUGUAAUGGAUAAAAGGGGAAAUGCAAAAGAUAUGUGUUCUAAAUUCUUGCAUCAUAUUUGCUAAUUUGGAGUAACCUGAUACUGUCUAUGUGUCAUGGGUGGGCCAAUUUUGGGAGAAAGUAUUGGGAGAAACUCUGCCAUUCAUAAAAGGCAAUUUGUAAUUUGGGUCAGGUGAUUCCUGUAUUUAUGAAUGUACUUCUUUACUAAGUUGAAUCUAAUCCUAUGGAACAUCAAGCACUCUUAAAUGGUAUAGUAAAUGCUUUUUGCAUUUCUCUUAAAUAUCUUGUACAUGUAAUUGUGCUUGUAUUUAACUUUAGCAUUUAUUACAGUUUUGACAUUAUAUUUCCCCUUGGGUGACACAAAGUUAGGUUAUUUCAGAAAUGAAACGCAGCCUAAAGAAUUAUAAGCCACCUCCCAGAGGUGCUUUCAAAACCUCAACUUUUCAGAGUGUACAAACUAACACAGAACACAAACAGUAUUAUCAGAUCCACCCCAUUUAUCAAGAAUUUUGAAACUUAAUUCCCAUUGCAAUGUGUCUCUUUCAAGAAUGAAGUAGGAUCCUCUGUGUUUUUUGUGAGGUUUAAUCCUCACCCACCCAGAUAAGUCCUUUACUUAAAAUAUAGUCGUAAUUGGUUUCAAGUUCCAUGUAAUAUGUUUUGGAUAUAGUUGCAAGGAUCUCAUACUAGCAGAAUUUACCAAGUCAUCUGGAUCACAUAUAUGCUGGAAAUGUAACAAUUCUACCACACUUUAUUCUGUAGAAUAAAGACUGUAAGAUUCAAACUAAGAGACUAUAGGUGCAUUUACACCACAGAGGUAGGGAUGAAUCUAGGCCAAGUUACUUGAACUGUGGUCCCAUUGAAAUCAGUCAGACAAGUUAGUCAUGACUUUAGUUACAUCCCAUUUAUUUUUUCAGUGGGAAUUAAGUGCAACUAACUUAGGCUCCAAUCCAAUACACACUUGCCUGAGAGUAAGUCCCAUUGAACCCAAUGAAGCUUACUUAUGAGUAGUCAUGUAUUGACUUGCAGCCUUAGUCUGGAUCCAGCCUAUAAGCAAGUUUAGUAAUCACCCUCUUUCCCCAGGGAGCACUGGGAACUAUGUAUAUAGGGAGAUCUUUUUUAGGGUUUCUUUUUUACACACUCACCAAACUACAAUUCCCAGUAUUCCUUGGGGGAAAACGCCAAUGUGGUAUAUAGUAUAGCUGUGGCGGCGGGGGGGAGGGAUACAUUGUUAAUGUGGUUUGAGCAAAUUUUAUGUGUGUCAGGGAGUACUUACCCCUCACCUUAAAAAUGAGUUUUCUUAGCCUGCCUAAAAUUGGCCACAACAAUGUGAGCACCAAUGAAUAAUAGUGAUUAACUACACCUGUGCACUACUGA